CGUCAGGGGGAUGGUCCGCAAAAUUCACCAAACGUUGGCGGGUUUUGAAACGAGUAGGCGGAGCGUGAAGCUCGGUGGCUUAGCUUCCGGGUUUGGUAGCGGUUGCCAGGGGAGGCCUGGCCCGCUGCAUAGCAACGGAAAGCGGAGGGACGCUGUUGUGACUCACAGGGAGAUGAAACCGGCUGGUGACUUCGGUAACUCAGUGUGGGGUAUGUAAUCCGGCCUGCCACCCCUUACCCUGCAGUAUUUACCUUCUACAUAUCGUUUACACUGCUUUGUGCAAUAUAACAGAUAUAAGUGUACAGUAACCUCUGUGAGCUGACAAGGAAUCACCAUGGCAGAUCCUGGCGAAAACAAGAAAGAUGAGGCAGACUACAAGAGGAUGCACAGUUUUCCUUUAAUUCGGCAAACAGAUAUGCCAGAAGAAAUGCGUGUAGAAACGAUGGAGCUGUGUGUUACAGCCUGUGAAAAAUUUGCAAGUAAUAAUGAGAGUGCAGCAAAGAUGAUAAAAGAGACAAUGGACAAGAAGUUUGGCUCCUCCUGGCAUGUGGUUAUCGGAGAGGGGUUUGGAUUUGAGAUAACUCAUGAAGUCAAGAACCUCCUUUACAUGUUCUUUGGAGGCAGCUUGGCAAUCUGUGUGUGGAAAUGUUCAUGAUGGACCCUGAUACAGGACAACAAUUUCAAUUCCUCAGUUUCUCUCCUUCUACUCAGGAUGUGCUGCUGGAAGGCCUUGCUCAGGAAAGAGUCAUUGGCUGGGCUCUACAUGAAAAUAUCUCAAUGUCUUUUUGGGCUUUUGAAAGUGACCACACUAAAAUACUUUUUGGGAAAGAGUGUCAGCAACAGGUUGCAUGUCGCUCUGGCAAUGAUUAUUUACUGUAAACGUUAAAGCUGUUGGUCCUUAAGUAAUAUAUUAGCCCUUGCAAUAUAUUGUUCGCAAAAGUUUGCAAACAAUCAGACAUGCCAAACUGGCCAAAUCCAGCCUUUAAUUCCCUUUUCUUAUCCUUGACCCUCAGACACUUUUUUAAUACAAAAUAAGUUUAUGCACAGGGCUUUACCGUCCUAUUGGCACUGCAACUCUGGUCUCCCAAAUAGCAUUUUAUUUUAUCGCCGCUACUUCACUAUCUCUGCUUUACAUUUUCCCUAUCACUUUCUUCGUACUGAGUUCCUCAGUUCCACUAUGAUAGUAUUGAGGGUAAACCCCUUUUACUUUCAUCUGUGCCACUACUUUUCUAUAUCAUAUUUUGGUAUUUAAGCCGUUUCUUUUGCUUUAUUCUGUACUAUAUUUACUGAUUUCCGCCUUCUCUCCCAUCCUCUCAUCUUGUUCUCAUCCUUUUGCUCUCGUGUUCCAACACAGAUACAGUUUUCUAUUGCUCACCUUUUGCUCACCAUUUUGACGUAGUCUUACAUCAUAGUUUAUCCACAAGCCAUAAAUAAUAGAUCAGGAGUUUUAGGAAACCACAGAGAAGCCUGCCAACAACCAGCCCUUAAAUUUUCUUGUUCACUGGCGGAAAUGUGAAGCCAUGUUUCUAGGAAGGAUUUUAUACUCUGUUGGGACAUAAAGGAAGCUGUUUUUUUAAUUUUAACUCUGGUUAUAAAAUAGUUUGCUCUAAUUGUCAUUAAUAAAAUUCCUUGGAUUUUUAAAAAA